GAGCACCCAGCCAGCGCUUCUUCCUUUCUGAUGAGGCCUCUCGACUACCUGCAGGGCUGCAGACGAGGCGUACGGCUAGAGAUUGUUACCCUUUGCCUGGCCGCUGGGUGGGCUCUCCAAACCCAAGGAGGAGAAGUGUCCUUGGUAGUAUCUCAAGCCAACCUAAACACCACGGUGGCCCAGGACAUUUUGCUGUCGGUUGCCUAUACCUGUGAGGUACCCCCGGUCAUCGAGUGGAAGCACACGUCAGCCAGGGGCACGACGAAAAUAGCAGAGUGGAGACCGGGAGGUUACACCAACAUCUCCAGCGGUUACGAAGACCGAGUGAACAUUUAUGAGAACGGCUCCCUUCGGCUGCUGAAGGUGGAGAUGAGAGAUUCCGGGUAUUACUUAGUCACGGUGAGGGACGAGUUCGGGAUCACCAUCUAUGGCACCAUCCUAUUGAAUGUUUAUGAAAUUCUCUAUGAAGACUUGCACUUCGUCGCUGUCUUUUUGGCCUUCCUCACAGCUGUGUCCGCCAUUCUGGUCUGCCUCAUGUGGUUGUGCAAUAAGUCCGUGCACCUGAUUCAAAACGAGCGGCAGCGGCUUAAAGCAAGCACCACAGAAGAGACUGAGCUGCAAAUGAUGGGAUGUUAGCCAAGAACU